AUGGCGUUCCUCUGGCGCAAUCGGCCACGGCCGCCCUCGGAUGUUGUCAGAACAAUCAAGGAGCUGCUGAUGAGACUGGGUGAAGCGCCAACUGCUCCCAAGAUUGAAGACGAAUUGGCCAAGCAACUUUCGCAAAUGAAAGUGAUCGUGCAAGGGACUCAAGAGAUGGAAACAGCGCCAGAUCAAGUACAUGCACUCGUGCAAGCAACCGUUCAGGAAGAUCUACUAUACGACCUGGCCCGCAACCUUCGUCAUCUCCCCUUCCAAGCCCGGAAAGAUACGCAAACCAUAUUCUCCCAUAUCCUUCGUUUCAAACCCGCACAAGGCAACCAUGGCGACCCGCCUGUUAUCUCGUAUAUUGUUCAUAACCGUCCGGAAAUCAUUGUCGAGCUCUGUCGAGGCUACGACUCGCCAGAAAGCACGAUGCCAUGUGGCGCCAUUCUAAGAGAGGCACUCAAGUUCGACGUGUGCGCCGCCAUCAUCCUGUACGAUCAGUCGACCGAGGGUCAACCGGCAAUCCGACUGACCCAGGUCAAUCCGGAUGUCCCUCAGAAAGGCAAUGGCAUUUUCUGGAGGUUCUUCCACUGGAUCGACAAGAGCAGCUUCGAAGUGAGCGCCGAUUCCUUUACAACCUUCAGGGACAUUCUCACCCGUCACAAGAGUCUCGUAACUUCAUACCUGACCGUUAACUUCGAUCUCGUCUUCUCCCGUUUCAAUGCGCUCAUCCAAUCAAGCUCAUACGUUACGAAGCGGCAGAGCAUUAAACUUCUCGGAGAAAUCCUGCUCGACCGCGCCAACUACAGCGUGAUGAUGGCCUACGUGGACAGCGGAGAAAAUCUGAAACUAUGUAUGCAGUUGCUGAAAGACGAUCGCAAGAUGAUCCAAUAUGAGGGAUUUCACGUCUUCAAGGUAUUUGUUGCCAAUCCCAACAAAUCCGUGGCGGUGCAGCGCAUUCUAAUCAACAACCGGGAGCGUUUGCUCAAAUUCCUUCCCAAAUUCCUUAUGGAUCGCACGGAUGAUGAUCAGUUCACCGACGAGAAGAGUUUCCUGGUUCGCCAGAUCGAACUGCUCCCCCAGGAGCCCGUUGAGCCCACACGCUCCGCGCGUGAGCCGUCGCGAUCACGAGUCAACACCGCCACGGCCUAA